UUCGAGUCAGUAUAAGGCCAAAACAAAUUAAAUUAAAUGAUUCAAUAAAAAGUCACGAAGGGAAAAAAAAAACUGUCAAGGUUUUUUUUCUGCACACGAAAAAACGGAAUACAUAGGAAUCGCUAGCCUUCUGGUUACUCCAGCAAAAUCAUGUCCCUCAACGUGGCGUCCAGCGGUAAUUCUGUGUUGGUUUACACCGGAGAAUACAUCUUGUUGUACUGUUCGAAAGUGAAGGUGUGGUUCAGUGGCCAGAAAGACAAGAACGAGUUCGCUAAGACUGCCAAAGGCGACUUGUACCUCACAACACAUCGGAUCAUCUUCCUCAACAAGUCCAAGAAACAAGAAACGAUGAAUUUACGCAGUUUCAGUUUCCCGUUCACAAAUAUUUCAAACGUGGAGAUUCGGCAACCGAUCUUCUGUCCCAAUUACAUCGUGGGCGACGUGGAGGCUGAGCCCGGAGGCGGUUUCCAAGGAUCAGUGAAGCUAAAGGUGUCUUUCACCGGCGGCGGCGCCAUUGAUUUCGCAAGGGCGCUGCAAAGGGCGGCUAAUUUGGCUAAACAGAGAGCACAGGAUCCCUCCGGGGUGCUCAUGGAUGGAGCAGGAGCACCCGGUGGCGGAGGACAAUACGAGGGGCCCGCCCAACCGGCGCCACCAAAUUACUACGACUUGCCACCUCCUAGUUAUGAUGAGAUCCAAGCACCACGCGAUCAGUUCCCACUUCGACCUGAACCGGGGACAGUCAUGGUAAUGGAGAGCAACCCACCAUAUCCCGGAAUAGCGCCAAGUUAUAUGACUCCCGACCAACAACUGGGAUAUGGACAAGACGGUCAGGCGAACGACCCCAGGAUGAACGUCGUCUCAGGCCCAGCCAUUUAUCGUCCUCCAAUGUUAUGA